GUAAUCAUUACUUCCCCUUGUGCGUUGGCUACAUUACAGUCACUCUGAAAGACGAAAGAGGAACGUGAAAAGUGAGCGGGCCUGGCAGCUCUUCAUCAUGCGGCCAGGUUGUCGGGCAACCGGCUCGUGGUGGUGAGUGUCUCCCAAGUCGCAGCAGACUCCCUCCGAACACUCAGUUCGGACACCGCGUCGAGAAUGGACGACCGCGCUCGGCCAACGCCGCUGUUCACGUUCGGCGUGAUAGCGGACAUCCAGUACGCGGACAUCGACGACGGGUACAACUACACCCGCUCGAGGCGGCGGCACUACCGCAGCAGCCUCCAGCUGCUCGGCAACGCCCAGCGGAGUUGGGCGGACUCGGCCGUCAAGCCCGACUUCAUCCUCCAGCUGGGCGACAUCGUCGACGGCUUCAACAAGGGCCACGGCGCCUCGGAGCGGGCGCUGGACACCGUGCUGGGCGCGUUCGGCUCCGGCCCCGGCGCCGCGGCGGUCCACCAUGUGUGGGGCAACCACGAGCUCUAUAACUUCCGCCGCAGCGCGCUGCUGGGCUCGAGGCUCGACACGGCGCCGCCCCGCGCCGACGGCGGCCCGGGCGCGGACAUCUACGCCUACCGCUUCAGCCCGUUCCCCGGCUUCGCGUUCGUGGUGCUGGACGCCUACGACGUGAGCCUGCUGGGAAGAGAGGAGUCCAGCGAGCAGUACAGGAGCGCGAUGGAGCUGAUCAGACAGCACAACAACAACGAGGACCUCAACUGCCCCCCGGAACUUUACGGCCUACAGCGGAGGUUUACCAUGUUCAAUGGUGGGUUCGGUAAAGAGCAGCUGGACUGGCUAGAUUCUGUGCUGUCUUCGGCUGAUGAGAAGCGGGAAAGAGUCACUAUUGUCAGUCACCUCCCUGUCCACCCGUCCUCCACGGACCCCAUCUGCCUGGCAUGGAACUACGAUGAGCUCCUGGCCAUCAUACAGUCUCACAGCAGUGUGGUGUGUUUCAUGGCCGGACACGACCAUGAGGGCGGAUACUGCCAGGACAAGGAAACGGGCGUGCACCACCUGACGCUGGAGGGGGUGAUUGAGACUCCGCCUGACAGCAACGCCUUCGGCACGGUGUCUGUGUACGAGGACAGGAUGGUGCUGAAAGGGAGCGGGAGGAUCGCAGAUCGAGUGUUUCUAUUUCCAUGACACCAAAGUAACUUGGAUCAUAGAGGACUUGCAUCUACAUCCCAUCCCAUAGCAGAGGCCUUGGACUUUAUCUCCUAUUACUUUACACCCUUCUAGUUAAAUUUAAAAGGCCUUAAGAGUUACAAAAACACAGACACAGACUAUCUGCUGUGUUUUGUAGACACAUGCUGUCAUGUGCACUUACCUCAGCAGAACAAAUCUAGUACCUAAAAUAUUUUAUUGCACUUGAGUUUUGAUUUUAAUGUUUGCUGACAGACCUUGGAAUCUGUCCAUACAUUAGCUGCUGUGGGGAAUUAAAGAUUAAAGCUUUAUAUUUAUUUAUGUAUUUUAAGGAGGAAUUGAUUUUUCUAUUUCUGCCUCUUGGCAAGUUUUGUUUAUUGCACAAAUCUGACUCUCUUAUCAAAUAAGACGUUUUAUAAGAGCAGUGUUCUGCUCACUAUAACUGAUAAACAUAUAUGCCCUCAAGAUAAGUGAAAAACAGUAUUUAUAAGGUAGAACUGUCUAAUGAAUAAAAAAUGAAUUCAAUCUUCA